UGUCUGCGCUGCAAGCGCAAGAAGAUCAAGUGCGACAAAGCUGAUCCCAUCUGCCAUCAGUGCGUCACAGCAAAAGCUGAGUGUCAGUACGUAGGACGACGUCAACGACCUCGGCUUGCACAACAGAGAGUUGCGGUCACGUCUCUGAAUCAGAGACUUGUGCUGCUCGAAAAACAACUCAGCAAUGCUGGCCAUUGUGUUGAGCCUGCACUGCAGCGAUCACCAUCAGCUUCAACUUUAUUGACUACCUCCACAUUAGACAUGACAGAUCAAGACCCAACUAUCAAUUCAUCACCAAUCGUCGCAUUGCAGGUACCCGAGAGUGCCGAAGACUCUUGGAUAUAUCGUAUGGCAAACGCUACAAAGAGACAGUUGCAAUCUCAAGCCACCCCAAUCAGCACACCGACACCACAGAUCGACACUGAUAUGUCAGCACUAAGUGAUGCUCUGGAGGAUCUUGGGAAACUCAGACUUCGAGCUGAUCUGACCCAUCCAAAGGUCAGUCUGACAGUCACACCUGACGAAGCGAGACAGUGUAUCGAGGCAUUUAUUGAGAUGAUGAACACGCUGGUAGUACCAGACAUCUUCGCGACCGCUCUUGAUAUUGACCUUCUACGGUCGCUCCCAAAUAUCAUCGGCUCGCCAUACAUCAUCGUCGACCCAGGCGUACACGUGAUGUACUUCGCAGCAAUACACUAUGGCCUGAACCAAAUACGUGGUCCUGGGCACGCACUUACUCAGGCCGCAUACCUGAAAGCGCUCGAACAUGUUCCCGCUUGGUUGGACGCACCCACUGAAACAGAUAUGGAUGGGUACACAGCAGCGGUGAGCGCGUGGGUUGCGAUCAACAACCUGGACUACCAGCUUUCGUGGAAGUUUCAUCUCAAAGCAUGCCACUAUUUGAAAAGCAAGGGUAUCGACAAUAUGGAUGUCACUCCCCCCAGGACGGUUGAGGAAGAAGAGAAGAGGGAGUCAAACCGGUAUCUUUACUGGCACGUUCUAUCAACUGAUUGCCUGUUCCGUCUAUUCUACGGAAAACCCACAGUCUUACGAUGGACCUCGAAGAAGGUAAGGCCACCGAAUGUUCUAACCCCAAGGAAUCUGCACCCCAAUGCCACUCAAGUCAUGCUAGCAUGUGUCUGGACAAGUUAUACAGGUAAAGCGGUGGAAUUGAUCAACUACAUCGACAACGCCGUCCAUCAGGGAUUGAAAGUUACUGACGAAGCUAAUGAUUGCUGCAAUAAACUUGAAGCCUUGGUGACAGAAUGGAAGAUGGAGGCGAUGUUGGCAGAUCCGACUAUUAGACUUCCGAUUCGUUGUCUUAUCGCAGACCACAUCAUGAACAUCUGCGCUGUCAUUGUCGGGUUGAAGAGACUUGCAAAUAGGGUUGACAACAUUAACACCCUCGAUGCAAUGACCGUGCGCGCAGCACGGAAGGUUGUCGGCACUCUGCUGGAUUUCGAACAGGAUGGCAGUAUAGAAGAUCGGGAGAAACCUGAUCCCGCGAACUACUUCGUUCAUUUCAUACUCUUCUAUCCGUUCUGUGCCGUAUUCACGCUCUACGAAUACAUCAUAGCCUGCACCGAUCCCGAUGAAUGCGAAGAAGAUAUGUGCCAGCUUGAGCACAUCGCCGACGCCAUGGAGCACACAAGCAAGACUAUCCGCUCGGACCUCAAGCCUUUCACAAAAACCAUCAAAGCACUCAACACGGUGUCGCGAACCAUACAGGACGGUCGCCGCAACAAAAGGCCGGCCACGUCCGAAGGACUGCCUACGGACCCGAAUAACAUGCAACAGCAAUCAAAUGACAUCAACGCUACUAUCGCCAUGUCUGACCUUGACCCAUCCGCUUUCGACACAUUCCCCGACUUCCCCAUGACCAUGGACGGCGAUCCAGAUCCGCUCGGCUUCGUGCGUGCGAUGGAGAACGACUUCAUAGGCCGCAAUUGGAACGAGAGCUGGUGGGACAUGGGCGGC